CAUGGCAGCCCCUACACAAACCAUGUCUAAAGUUUUCUUUACAAAUAUUUCCAAAAUUCUCUUAAGACGGGAUGUGUUUCGCCAUGUACGCGUUCAAUAUUUAAGAACCAGUGAAAGAUCUGAAAUAGCGCAAGAGUCAGAGUACACUGACGAGCCGCAGUAUCCCUCGCUGGAGCCGGUUUUGUUAAACACAAAAGAUCCUGCACAUGUUGCCUACCAGCAGAAGCUAUGGAUCGAUCAACUUCGUGGGAAGCCUACUGUUCAGGACAAACUUGACUUUAUUAGGUGGAGGCCAAAAGACGCGUGGCGAGAGAUACGGCCUAAGAUGAAAGACCAACGUGCCCCGGAAGUGUGGAAGCACUGUCCGUAUUUGUUUAGACUUCAUCCGAUAAACAGGGUAGUUAACUUCUUACCUUACCAGCAAUACAUCACUAGGACGACGCUGGUGAAUAGGCUGCCCGAGCUGUACAAUUCCAUGGAUGUUGAGCCGCAAGUUGAACAGAUAAAGACGCUAUUUAAAGAGGCACUCAUUACUGAAGAGUUGAGAUACCGACAUGAUGCACGAUUGGCAGCGCAAAAGCCAGGCGCUGUAACCUGCAGUGUGCUUGAUCAGCUAGUGGGGCUCGUAAUGCAAGCUUGUGGCAGUAAGCAUGAUCAUUUGCUGACGGCAAAAGUUGAUAAUGAAACAAGACAGGAAGCGUUUUGGUUCGUAGGUGGUUUUCCCAAACGAGAGGAAAAGGGCGGCCACCUUCAGACCAAAUAUGGUAUGGCGUUUCAGUACAAAGCGAAACCAUGGUACUUGAUACGCACACGUGAUGCUCUGCCACAGAUUGUAUCAAGAGAUGACACUCUGAGUACAGAGGCAGAGGUGCCAGAGUGCAAAUAUCAUCCAGUAGCAGUUGGCAUGACAUUUUAUAGAGAUGAGUUCUCCAUGGUUCCAGGAUUCAAGGAUGGUGACACGAAUGCAUUCGGUCUGGUGCAAUUCCAUGAAUGCUGUGAACAGACACGUGAUCUGACGGAGCGUUUCGGAGCCAAGGAGGUAGAGAAACUCUGGCUUGGCCACGGCAUAAUCAGUUCAUUCAGCUGGUUGCUCAGUCAGGCAUUCUAUCAAGGGUUCGACCACUUUAAUGACAUCACAUAUCCAUUGAUCACCCAAAGCGUGAUAACGAAUGGCCAGUACUGGCAAUUCUUCACUUAUCAGCUGAACUCUACACAAGCAAGCACAUAUGGGACCAGCUACUAUAGAAAUAUUUGCUGGGCAGGAGAGCGAAUGAAGCUGUAUGAUUGCAUUGAGGACGAUCAGGUGAAGGGUUUCAACGACGAUGUAUUGCGCUGGUGCCUGAAGUUCAUGCUCAGGGAGCCGUUACUCAGAAACAUCGAACGUAAUCCGUACAUCAGCACAUCACAGACGGGAGAGACACACUAGCCUACAACAACAGGACCAGCAACACGUACAAUAGUAGCAACAAGGACAACAAUAGCAAGACCAGUGUCAACAUAACAAAAAUACCUACAGUAGCAGCAGUAGCGGUAGCAGCAGUAGCAAGAACAAUAAUGACAACAACAGUGUCAUGACAGAAGAAUAUGAUUAAGAACAGCAGCACUACCAGGAAUAUCUAACACCAGAAUUUAUUGCUAAAUUAUCCCAAAUUGCUACAGAGUAUAAUAAGCACUAUCCAUUGUAGGAGGAGUGUUAAAUAGACUAGUGAUAUUGAAUUAUAGAUACCAGUUGUGAAAUAAAUUUUGUUUGAUCUAAAUCUAAAACAAAACA